AUGGUCGCUGUCACUGCCAUCCAGGACGAAGCCGGUGCCGUCGGUACCAAGAUCCAUCUCUUCUACAACCUAGAGAACAAGAACAUCGGCUUCCAGUUCCGCAAUGAACAGGACACCAGCGACAUCAAGCUCAACACCUUUGACCCCGAUGCUAACGCCCAUGACGGCUUUGUCCUCUACCAGUCCCACCUAGCCAGCACCAAACACUACAACAAAGAGCUUGUCUUUGGCGUGACUGAGAAGAAGGGCGCUGAGAAGAAGUCCACCUGCCAGUGCGGCCAGCCUGUUGACUCCAAGAACUGUGACUGCCCCAAGGACGCUGACGCUGUUGACAUUUCCCUCAUCAGCCCGGUGUACAAGGUUGUUACGAGCGCUUAUAGCGAUAACUACAAGAUUGCUGCCUGCUCGUCUAAUGUGAACACCUGGAUCUACUAUCUCAAGAAGAACCCAAAGGCGGACAACGCUCUUAGUAUCUUUGAAGCCGUCAUCGGUCCAACUCACGACAAGGCCUUCAGCACUAAUACUAUUCUUCCUGGCUCAGCCCUCGCUGCCUACUGGGAUGCUGGCACUAAGAAGCAGUACGUCAUCUACCAGGGUGUAGAGGGCAACAAGCUCAGGCAGUACAUCGCCGGCGGCUCUGACGGUCCCAUCGACGCUGCAAAGGGGGUCAAAGCAAAGAGCACCCUCGCUGUCGCCGUCACCGAUGCCAAGGUAUUCCUCUACUUCGUCGACGCAGACAACAGCACCAUCACCAGGGUCACCAAGAAGGUUGGAGGGACUAAAUGGGGCCAUGAGCAGACUGUGACUGACGCUGAUAAAAUCAAGCCUGACAGUCAGCUCUCUGUCACUGUGGCUGCUGGAGCUAAUCACCUCUUCUAUGAGGCUGAGAGUACUGAGAAGAGUGAGCUCACCCAUGUCAUUGACUCUUGGGAGGAGGACGAUGAGUGA